GCAGGUCAGAAGGCAUCGUGCUUGCAUUCGCCUUAUCACACACCAGCAGCCGGUCUGCUGAGCCACAAAGUCUUGGCUUUCCUCUCCUCCAGAUGGACCUUGGAUGUUAAAAAGCGUGUGUAUCUGCAGGCGUACGGGUCGUGUGGAGUGCCGACAUGUGUUUGCAGCUGGACCCGGGGUCGUUCUCCAUGGCCAUGUGGACCGCUGGCCUGGGAGCCAUCGGGGCUGCUGUGACAGGGAUCAUCCUGGCCAACACAGAUCUCUUUCUCCCUAAAGCGGAAAAGGCCUCGCUGGAUUUUCUUGCGGAGGCUGACCUGAAGACGCUGGGACACGGAGAGCAAAGAACACUCAAAGCAGGAGAGCUGUGGAAGAAGAAUGGUGCGGUCAUCAUGGCAGUUCGGCGCCCCGGAUGAUUUUUGUGCAGAGAGGAGGCCGCUGAGCUGUCCUCUCUCAAGCCGCAGCUUGACCAGCUGGGCGUCCCCUUAUAUGCUGUUGUGAAAGAGAACAUCGGGACUGAAGUGGAGGAUUUCCAGCCCUAUUUCAAAGGGGAAAUCUUUCUGGAUGAAAAGAAACGAUUCUACGGACCUCAAAAGAGAAAGAUGUUGUUCAUGGGCCUGAUCCGCUACAAUGUCUGGAGGAACUUCUUCCGUGCUUGGAGGAGUGGCUUCACGGGGAACUUGGACGGAGAAGGCAUUAUCCUGGGAGGCGUUUUUGUGCUCGGUCCUGGGAAACAGGGUGUUCUGCUGGAGCACCGUGAGAAGGAAUUUGGAGACAAAGUGAGCCUUGAUGUGGUCAUUGAUGCGCUUAAGAAAAUCAAGCCUCAACCUUCAGAAGAUAAAAAAUAGAUACACAUUGACCUCUUAGUUAUAAAACUGGACUAGAAUGUUUGGUUAUAAACUCACACUGUAUCUAUGCUAGGCACUAAAUUGUUUGCAAAUACCUUGAGCACAAGGUCCCAUUGUUUAGUUCUCUUGGCUCCAGAUAUCCAGUGUCUCUUUGUGUCUUUGUCUUACUGGUUUGAUGAAGGGCUUGAUCUAAAAUUUUAAGAUCAGGCCAGGAUGGUUUCCAGUUGGAACAAAACUGCCAGGAGUAUCUGGGUAUCUGUGCAGAGAAUGGAUGAGAGAAAGCUAAUAAAGACAUUCAAAAUCA